CGCGGCCGCGGCGUCCAUCCUCUUGCAUAGCGAGCGGCGUAGCCGCGACAUCGCUCCCAAACUAACCGAUGCCACUCGUCGGCUGUCCCUGCCGCGGCCCGCCGCUGACGCUCGCCGGCCGGGGCCGCCGCCCGCUUCGGGCCCGAGCCAUCGCGCCCAAACGCGACGCCUCUUCUCCUCCUCCGCUCCUGACCCGGAGAGCCGUGUCCUCCGCCUCGCUGCUCCUCGCCGCCCUCCCCUUCCCCGCCUCGUCGCUGCAACUUCCCGUCGCCUCCGCGUCGGAGGCGGAGGCACAAGUAACUGGAGGCGGGGGAGGAGGAGGCACAGAGGAGCUGGAGCUGGAGCGGUACACCGACCAGGACCAGGGCUUCACCCUCCUCAAGCCCGCCUCUUGGCCCAAGGUGGAGAAGGCGGGCGCAACGGCGCUGUUCCAGCAGGAGGGGAAGGGGAAGGGGAGCAACAGUAUUGGGGUUGUCGUCAACCCUGUUCGGCUCUCGUCGCUGACGGAGUUCGGGACGCCGCAAUUCGUCGCGGAUAGGCUCCUGCAGGCAGAGAAGAAAAAGGAAAGCACCAAGUCGGCCGAGGUGAUUUCUGUGGGAGAGAGAUCAGGUCACGGUGGCUUGAAAGUGUAUGAAAUUGAGUACUCACUGGAUAGCACCAGGGGAGGGAUGAAGCGGAUCUUCUCGGCUGCAUUUGUUGCUACAAAAAAGCUCUAUCUGCUCAAUAUAGCCUACUCAGAUAGCCAGGAGAAGCCCUUGGACAGCCAGACUAGAACUGUUCUGGAACAAGUUCUCCACUCUUUUGAUUCAGUAUAGUUGUUUUUUUCUCACAAUAGAGAUCAGCCAUGUAAGAUGUUUGCCACACCAGCUGUACAGUUGAAGUGUUGCGAUGUCAACUGCUUGUUUCGUAUUAUUUCAUUUAUGAAAGAGCAAUAUUAUUCCUUUAUAAUCUGUAAUGCUACAUGUCCUGGAAUAUGAUCAUGUAGAUGGGGAUAAUACACAGAAUGGGAAGAGUUAAACAAAGAGAAGCCAAGUGACAUUAAGCUUCCAGAAGUUGUCCUUAAAUCCAUGCUUCUUUCAUUAUAAAUGCUGGUUCUGUUCUGACCCAGAUGAACUUAGCACAACUUAUAAAACAGCCAUGAUUAUAUGAAAAUAAGGAGCAAAUGAAACUUGUGCAAUCUGAAUUGCCUGCCUAAUCAAAGCAACUUCGGGAUUCACUCCUGUUCUCAUUUAAAAUCGUAUGGAUCUAGGACCGAAUUCUUUCUUCUGUUAUUUAUCAGAACUCUAUAGAUUCAUAAAGUCAUUGCAAGAUGAAC